GAUCGCACUGAGGAUGCGCGUUUUCUGAAGCAAAACGAGACUGCGAUGGCGGUGGAGUUCGAGGAUAUCCAUGAAAGUGGUUAUCUGCAAAGAUCUGAAACUCCUGCAAAAGAGGAUCCGGAUCCGAAUGUGAUUUCCGUGAAGAUCAUUUUGGCGAAGAACGAGGACGCUUAUCCAGAUGGGGCGUUGAUGUGCCACCCCACUUAUGUUGAAAGGUAAUGAAUAUUACUCCAAAUGGUCCUUUUUCAUAGCUAGGCCUUUUAAUGGCAACAUCAUUUCAGGUGAUUCAUUCCCGAUGACUUCUAUUCUUCAACAGUACCCAAGGGAUAUCCUUGCAGGAUACUUCACGGGGAUGAGUAGUGCAUUGCUCUAAAAAUCCUUGUCGGACAAAGGAUGUCGCUGGGAAAAAGUGGGGACCAAGUGCGGCUGGUUCGGGUCGUGCAAAGCUAUGACGCUUUUGUUUGCCAAAGACAAGAUGAUCUGGACGAUGAACCAUGCCAAGGAUUCGCUAGAGGAAAUGAGUAGUAAUGCAGAAAAUCCUAAAAAAGCAACCCUUGAAGAGCUGCACGCAAAGGUCAAAAACGGUUACCCAGGAUGGAGUAGUUUGGAAUUCCAAUUGACUAGGGCGUGUGCGUGUAGUUCUAUUUUCAGUCGUUAGGUGACUAAGGGCUACUUGGUAUAAGAAAAAGAAAGCAUUUUUCUACUAGCUGUAGAAGUAGAUAGUACUAAGUUGUCUUCUCUUUCGUGGUCAUCUUCUCUAUAAUUGUGGGAGAAGAAACAAGGGAAAGAAAUUUCUUUGCUUAUCUAUGAUCAGGAAAUGAGUAUGAUCAUACCUUGCAUCUACUCAACGUAGCUUGUUGCAGCUUGUAGUUUACACUUGGUCUGUUCUUCCUUUAUGGGUUAUUAAAAGUGGCCCUGUGGGGAGAGUGUCAGGUGUAAGUGGUCUCUGAAUCCAUUCAUUUCCUUCAACAUGCUUGACUAGUAAUUUCAAAUCUAUCAUGUGCUACCUCAAAAACAAAGAUAUUUUUGAUUGUCACAUCACCGAACCGUUCUAAAUUUGAGGCUCGCAGUAAUGUUGAGUCUGAAAGCAGAUGACGGCCCAACAUCAACUGCUUCCUAUUCAUAAAGCGUCUCAUGUUCCAUAUCGAUCAUUUAUCUCCUGCAUAUUCGACGUAACAACUCCACUCCAGAAUUUUGAUUUGAAUGCAUGAAAGUUAUCACAUCGCAACAAGAACACAACAAUUCACCAAACUAAAGAACGCAGCUAUCUAACAAUAAUAACAUCAAGAAACUAGUACAACUGACAGUUUAAAUCGCAGCCUCUGGCUGAAGACAUACAGGCACCAGAGAACAUACGACGUGAAUGCAUUCAAUAUUCCACGAAAGCGAUGAGACAGCUCGUGACCCUAUGUAUACUUAUAAAAUGUAGAAAAGCUACGAAACUAAAGACAUUCAUAAUAACGGCAACAACGAAGUCAGCAAAAGAACUCGUACUCGAUUGAUUAGUGAACUUGAUUAGCAUGAGGAAACACUCGAACCGAUCAUGUGAUGAGACGGGGACGAGAAGUUCUAGUAUUGCUAAUCAUUUGGUUGAGGUUUUUUUGUAGUGUAUGAAACUAUCGCAGAGAAAUACCUACUUCCACCGAGGUCGUGGCCAUACCUAAUCUAUGAAGACAAGAAUCACAUAGGAGACGCGUGUGCUUUUCUUGAUGUGCUAGAUGCCUUGAGCAAAUACUUAAGCAAUUUGAUGCUUCUACUCUCCUCUUUGAAUAGUUUGAACGUGGGCAGUCUAGUCACACGAGGAGGUGGAUCAGUGUCGCAGCGCGAUCGCUGGCGAUCCUUUUUGAGCUAGCUUUCUUGGAAUUUAGAAUAGUAGGUUAGAUUGAUGAGUAAGACGAGGCUUCUAUAAUAUUCAAGAGAAGUAGCACAAGUAGGCCUCUCCUUGCAUUUGUGGGCUAUCCUGGGAAGGAGGUGGCGAGCCAUCUUGAUCAUCAAUGACACUCAGCGGAAUGCGGGGGGGCCCUCUUCCUCAAUCUGUUCAUGGAGGACUUCCUAGUCUCAUGAAUCAGAUGCGUCAGCCACAGGUCUAAUGGCUGACCUGGUGCUGAUCAUGGGUCGCGCUAGCUUGACAAGAUGAGCCGGCUAGGUGGACGCAUGUGCGCGCGUUUCUCACGCCAAGUAAGACCAAUGCAAAACGCAUGAUCAUACAUUUCUUGACUUUCAUUUCUUGUUGCCAUGAUCGAUGUCUUGAGCAAAUAAUAACCUUGCUGUUUGUCAGCACAGACACUGCAAGGUGUCUGAGUGAUGCCUUGCAGUUGUGAU